CCGGUCAGAAGACCCAUAUCAAGACAUUUAGCGACUGACCACGAUAUUGAAAUAGCUACGAAUCUGCUGACAUGAAAGAGAUGUUGGUUCUGCUCCUUGGGUUGGUCGUGGUGCUGGCAGAGCCUAAAGAAAACACAGAGAACCGAUGGGUCAACAACUAUGAUGAGCAUCUAUUUUUCCAGUGUCCCAGUUAUCAAAGCAUCCGCUUAAUCACCAGCAUCCAUGACAAUAAAAGGGAGGACCGACUUUGGGAUUUUAGCUGUCAGCCCACUUUCAAAGAACAGAAGAGCUGCUACUGGACUCAUGAUUAUGUCAAUGACUUUGAUGCCACCUUUACCUUCACCUGCUCGUUGGGUUUUGUUCUAAGUGGAAUGGAGAGUUACCAUGACAACAAUAGGGAGGACAGAAGGUGGAAAUUUCUCUGUUGCCAGGGGGAGGUGCCAGUUGCACACUUGUGCACAUGGAGUGAAUAUGUCAAUCAAUUUGAUGAGUAUCUGAAGUGGGAAGCACCCCUGGAUCAUUACCUGGUGGGAGCAAACAGUUAUCAUGACAAUCACAGAGAAGACAGACGCUGGAGGUAUUACUCUUGUAUGAAGAACUGAUCCUGGUCCAAACUAUCUACAACCUGCCCAGUAUUUGUUCCCUUGUACAAGCUCUGCCCAUAACCUCUUCUAAUAAAUGAUUCUGUAACAUCAA